AGAGCGGCGCCUCCUCUUCCCCGGCGGCGCGUGGGGACGCGUAACGUCCCCGCCGGUGACUUCAUCGCCCCAGGGCCCGGCCACGGAGCGAGGGGGCGUGGCCUGUGGUUCACGGGCGGGUCAGGGUCAUGUCCCUAUCUUGUUUCUAUAACCCUCACCAUGGCUCCUUGAUACAUGCCACCGGCCAUGCAGAAGUGUGGACGGACUGGAACAGCACCUCCAAGUUUAGCCAGUAUGGCUGGAGAUGCACCACCAAUGAGGAUGCCUACUCCAAGAAAACCCUUAUGGGGAAUUGGAACCAGGAGCGGUAUGAUAUCCGGAAAAUCGCGCAGCCAAAACCGCUUCCUUCCCAGUAUGCUCACUACUUUGAAUCAAUUUAUUCAUCAGAUUACAACAAGGAAAGGCAUCACGGCUCAAGAAGAUUUAAACAAGAACCUCAUUGGUUUCCUGGACACCAGCCUGAGCUGGAACCCCCUCCAGUUAAACCGACUGCACGGUCCUGCUACAUGAUAGAUUACGGACCUCCUCAAGGCAGAACUCCCCUCAUUUGUGAAAUUCGGGGAAAAGAACAGGAGGGGGCACAGCAGAAGCAAUAGGAGCAGAGAGAGGCAGUUAACCUGAGAUCAGCCCAGUGGUUAGAAUGACUCCAACCUGUUUGCUGCUAAGGGACCAUCCUUCAAGUCGUGAAACAUUUCUGAUAUUAAAACACAGGGCAUCAGAGUGACAAGUAAAUGCUUUCUGAGGCUUAUGCCCUA